AUGGAAGUGGUAAAGUGCUCAUGCUCGCACUUGUUAAACCCAGAUCCAACCACUGAAAUGCUACUCUCACCACAACCUGCAAAGAAGUGUACAUGCACUGCUUUGUUGAAAACAGAGCCCACGGAUGAAGGAUUACUACCCCCACAGCAUGUAAAAACGUGUACCUGCUGUACAUUGUUAAAGCCGGAACCAUCGACUGAAAUUUUAGUUUCUUCACAACCUGUAAAGACAUGUUCGUGCUCCUCUGUGCUGAAGACGGAACCCACGACUGAGGUCUUCCUCCCUCCACCACCCCUGAAUACGUGUACCUGCCGCACAGCAUUGAAAACGGAACCCACGACUGAGGUCUUCCUCUCUCCACCACCCCUGAAUACGUGUACCUGCCGCACAGCAUUGAAAACGGAACCCACGACUGAAGUUUUGCUCUCGCCACAAUCCGUGAAGGCGUGUUCAUGCUCGACAGUAUUAAAGACGGAACCCUCGACUGAAAUGUUACUUACACCCCAACCUGUGAAGAAGUGUGCAUGCUCGAGUGAGCUUGUACUUUCCCCAAAGCCAUUGAAGAACCUUCCAAAUUCCAUCGAUGAAGAAGAGCUCAUAGACGGCCUUCAAGCCCUUCUCAAAGUUAUUCUUUCAUUAAAGUAA